AUGUCAAACUUGUUGAGGGUGUUGGAGAGGCAACAGAAACAAAGGGAAGAAACAAGGCGUAGACGUGCUCAAGAAGAUCGGGAAGCCGAUGAAGAAGAGGAACUACUGCUUGCAGCAGCGGUGUGUAUGAUGGAUCAAUCAAGGCAAAACCGUCGUCCUCGUGCCCCGAAUGUGGACAGACGUAGGGAGUCUCGGGGUAAGAAUCUCAUGGAGGAUUAUUUUAUCCCAAUUCCGUUAUAUCCUGCUUCUAAGUUUCGAGAAAGAUAUAGAAUGCAACCACAUUUGUUCCAAAAAAUCAUGCAUGAUAUUUGUAAUUACGACACAUACUUCAUUCAAAAGCAUGAUGCUGUUGGAGCUUUAGGUCUUAUCCCGGAGCAAAAACUGACAGCUGCUUUGCGGAUGCUUGCUUAUGGGGCAUCUGCAGAGCAGGUGGAUGAGAUUGCAAGGAUGGGAAAAUCUACUGUCCUAGAGUGCUUGGUGAGAUUUUGUAAUGCAGUGGAAAAUUUGUAA